AGUUUAGACCACAAACUUGUUCAAAAGGUACGUGUCAUUCUUUUUUAUGUGUUCAUGCAAUAGUUGUUCUUCAAACUUCAUAGUUGUUUUACUGUGUUAAGCUUACGGAAACCAACUCCGAACAGGCGUGUAUGUCGUGCUUGGGAGCUGUUGGGAGCUUUUCUGAUUGUUAAAUCUGGUUCAGUAAACUAUAAAAAUGUUUCUAUAUUACAGUAGAGUUUACAUUAGAUCAAGCCCUUUUCUCUUAAUAGGGUUAGUGCAUUUCUGCAAAAGUAAUAGCUGGCUUAUAUUUCACAAUGCAAUUCAAGUCAAAACUCCAUGCGAGAACCUACUAACAUCAAGAUUAUAAACCAACUCUGGUUUUUCUAACAGUUAUACUUAACUACGAAAACUACUUCAGGGUAAUGAAAUAAUAUAAGACUUACAUAUAUAUUUUUUUCAUGGACAGUGGACUUCAAUAAAAAUAUCUGUACCAGACUUUGAUGGGCAUAUUUCUGAAGAAAGUACAUAAGCUUAUUUGAACAGGAUUCAGUGCAGUUUAUCAAACAAAGAAGUGUGGUUAUUUGAAGACUUCGGAUGUUUUACAGACGUGAGUAUCUCUUUCUAUUGAUUUUUCUGGGUUCUAUACGUAAUGGGGCUCGGGCUGCAUAAUUUUUAAAAUAUUCCAUUGAUGUUUGUGCCACCACAGUGGCAGCUAGGUAUGUUUCAACAUUUAAUAAUAAUCAUUCAAACAUACCGAGCUGUCCCUUCUUUAUUGUGACUGUACAAUAACUUUAAAAAUAGCCUGCGAAGCAAGCUUUUCCGAGCGAGUUUUCUGCAAGAGACUAAGUUUGUAGAGGGCAAAAAAAGAGGAAGGAGGGGCCGGGAGGGGCUAACUCGCGCAAUAACUCUAUUGGAAACGCUUGUUAUGCAGGCUAGGUAUAAUAUAAAGUGUUCCUUUAGUUUAAUUUUAAGCUUUGGGCAUGGAGGGAAAUUUUCAUUGAAUUUUCCUGGACUUAAUUAAGUGAUAAUAAGGCUCGAUUCAAACGUCAAAUUUCACAAAUGACGAACUUAAUGACAAUGCAUGUACACGAGAUGUAAUGUUCCCAUUCAAAACCAUUAGGUUCGCUACACAUUUUUAAUCGGGUCUUUAAGUUUUGAUAAAGGUAAAGGGAAAGGGGAAUUUUCUGCAGGAAAGGAGCGAUAGUAAAAAGGGAGUGGGGACGAAAAAUGUAUUUGAAACACUACGACUGAAUUUUUUAUCUCAAAUUGUUAUAUUCUUUUACAAUUAUUUCACAGAUAAAAGAAACAAGGCAAAGUGAUAAGUCUCCAGUGGAACGAAACAAACAACAGAGGAAGAUUGAAGUUAGAUACAUGGCGUUUGUCUUUCACUUACAUCAAGAAUCAAAAGCACUCUAG